AUGAGUUAGAAGAGAUUGCCUUCGGUAAAAGAAAUAUUAAUAUCUCAAGGGCAAAUAAGAGAGACAUAUAUAGGCAAUAAAGAAAUAUUAGGAAUAUGAAAAUAGUAAAACAAGUUAAGCGAAGUUGAAUGAUAUGAUAAAAGUUAAAUGUAAAUUUAUUUUAAGGGGACCAAAACAAUUUAAUUAUUACCAAAGCCAGGUGAAUUUGUAACAGUGGCUUCAGAUAAAUAAUCAAAUUAAUAACCAUAUAUGGAUAUUCCAAUAAAAGAUUUAUUGGAUGGAACAAAAACUUUUACAGAAUUGAAACUGCAGAGCAUAGAAAGAUAAACAUAAAGAUAAAUGAAGAAACCUAGGGAAAAGGAUAGAUUUGAUGAAGGAGUAUUGAGAAGAGAUGAUUUGAAACCACCAUAAAGUGAAUUAGAUGAAGUAUUUAGAUAUUUGUAAUAAUAUUAUAGUUUGGAGUAGAAAGAGGAGUUUAACCAAAAUUUACAUAAAAUAUUAGAGAGAUUAUGAAAAAUUAGCAUAAAGAUAUGUUAACACCAGCUGAAUAAUUGAUUAAGGAUUUAUAAGAUAAGAGAUUACCUUAAAUUUAACAUUCUUAUUCUUAAAAGAUUGUUCGUCCAAUAUCAGCUAAUUUUGUUAUUAAAGCAUUGAAUAUAGGUGAAGAGAAAUUAGAGAAUUCUAAAGGAAUUUAAUAAUAGUUAUUUCGAACAAAAAGAAGUUAAAUGUAAUCAGCAAAGCCUCGAAAUCUUUAUGUACCACAUUUCCCAGAGGAAAUUAAACAUUUAACUGGCUAUCAAACUAUUAAAUUGAAAGCAGAUGAUUUUAUCUAAGCAUAUACAGAGGAAUAUAUGAAAGAGAAGGAAGAGAAAAUGUUGAAAAAACAUUUUUAAGUUUCUGCGGUUGAUCCACGAUUAUAAUCACCUUAUAUGAGAGUAAUAAAAUUUAUUAAUCAUAUAAGGUCAAUCCAAAUACCGAGUAAAUCAUCAGAGAGAAACAGAAUGAAUUAGGAGAGCUAGAAUUGACAAAACAUAGAGAAAGAAUGUUUAUGGCUUAACCUUUUGAGAUGAAAUAAAUCUUCUUACCUUUAGAUUAUUAUUAUAUGGAAGACGAGACAGGUGAUGAAUUAAUAGAAUAAUAUAAAGAAUAGGAUGGGAAGUGUUUUGGAUUUUCUAAAUGGUUUGAUACAAGUGGAAAUUUUACAUGGGAAGAAUGUUUAGUUGAAAAAUAUUUAUGUGAUACUGAUAUGUAUGAGAUAAGAUUUAUAAAAUAAAAUAAGACUAAAUUAGUAACAAGGGUUAAUUUAAGAUUUAAAAGAGAAAGUGAAGCGUAUUUUAAAUAGCAAUUAGAUAUUGCAGAUUAUUAUAGAAAGAGAAGCGAAGUUUUUAUUAAAUAUAAUUAUAUGAUUGAUAAAAUGGAUGAUGCAACUUCUCAUAUUUAAGAAGAUUAAUUAAUGAGAAUAUAAUUAUUUGCAAUGGGAAUUUAUUUUAAAUUAGGUUCUGUUAGAGAUCCUAUUGCAUUUUAUAAAUUAGAUCCAUCAAUCAAGUUUAAUUUUAAAAGAUAUUUAAUUCCUAAAUAAUUAAGUAGAAUUGAUUAGGCUCCAAAAGAAUUGUGUAAAUUAAAAAAAUACAGAUAUGAUUUGAUGAUUGAGUUGUCUGAAGAAGUUAAAAAAUAAUUCAUUAGAGCAAAUCAUGAAAUUUAAUUUAAAAGAAUGUUACCAUAUCACGAGGAAAAGAAAGCUAUUUUUAAAGGUUAUUUACCAGAAGAAUUAUUUGAACCAAAAUAUGUGGAAGCUAGAUUUCCCUCUUAUGGCAUAGGGUAAUAAAAGUUUAUUGAAUUAUUUACAUAUAUGAAAAGGAAUCUUCAUUAGGCUGUUUAAGAAAAGAACAGAGCUUUAUAAGAUGCAAAUAUUAAUUUGAUUAAAUUAGAAGAACAACAUCUAUUUUGUUAAAACUUUCUAGAACCUCAAGAACUACAUGAAUUAGACAAAGAUAUGAAAUUUAAGAUUGGUGAUGCUAUUAGAGAUUUGAAAACCAGAAUGUAUGAUGUUCAUUACUUGAUUAUGGAAAUGAUAGAAGUUGAAGUUAAAUAACUUAAGGUAAUAGAAGAAGAAAGACUUCGAUUAAUUGUACUGGAAGCUGAGAGACUUAAAAUAUAAGAGUAGGGUUUAAUGAGCGAAACACUUAAAUUAUUACAACAAUUUCAAAAGUUAAUUAACAUUAAAUUUGAACGAUCUGGAUUAGAAAUGUGGUAAAGAAGUAUUAAAAGAUUUAUAUCUUAUCUCAAAAUAGAUGUUGAUCUAACACUCCCCCCUUUGCAAUAAAUUUACCAAUACGCCAAAGAUAGGGAAUAUCGAAUCUUUCAUGAUAAUUUAUUAAUAAAUAUAGAGAUUAAAGUUCAAGGACUUUAGUUGAUUUUAGAACCUAAUCCUGAAGAAAUCAAGAGAUCUUUGAAUAAUUAUGUUUGGCUUGCUAUUAAAGAGUUAACAACAGUACCUUGUAUGAGAAGUAGAGAAAUUGAAUCUGCAAGAGAAGAUAUGAUUAUGCAUAUUUUUACUGGCAUUGAUGAUAUUGAAAUUCUCAAUAAUAAAUAAAUUGUUUAACAAUAUUUGGAUUUAAAUUUUAAUCUCUUUAUUGUAUAUUUUGAGAAGUUAAAAGAAUUUGAAUCAAUUUUGGAUUAUGAUAUAGAAAAAAAAUUGAAGAAAGGAUCAUUUGAGGAAUAUGCUAAGGAGUUAGAUAAAUUAAUUAUGAUUAGGGAUGAUAUGUAAAAGUAUAUGUUUAAGAAAAAAUUGAAAUUGGGAUAUUAUUAUUUGAAUGUAGAACAAUAUUAAUAAUUAUGUGAUGAUAGAUUAAGGAAAGCUUCUGAUAGUUUGUAUGAGAAUUUAAUUUAAAAGAUAACGAAGGAAAAUUUAAAGAUUGAAGGUGAAAUAAAAUAGAUGAUAUAGAAGUUAACAGACGAGCCAAAAAAUUUAGAGGAGAUGGAUACAUUGAGAACAUAUGCAAAGGAUUAAUUGAAAGAGGAAUUGGUGAUAAUGAGUAAGAAAAUAAAUAAGGUGAUGGAGAAGAUGACAUUGAUGGAGAAGAUGAAUUAUAAGAUAAGUUAUUAGAAUUUUGAGAAAACAUGGAAUAUAUAUGGUAUGCCAUUAAAGUUGAUGAGGAAGUAGGAGAAGUGUUUAAAAAGAUUGUAGAAUAAUGAGAAGAAAUUUUAGGAAGAUUUGAUGACAUAAUAGGGAGAAUUGAUAGGAGAAAUAAAUUACAUUAGUAAGGAAUUAAAUGAAUUGAUAAAUGAAGAAGAUAUAAAUUAAAUAAAUCAGAUAGCAAAUAGAUUUGCAGAUUUAGGUGAGAAGAUGGAGAGAGCAAUAGAGGAAGCUGAGAUAAUAAAUAGAAGAGAGGGAAUAUUAAAGUGGAAGUUAACUGAUUAUUAAGAGGUAGACAAGAUAAAGAAAUUGUUUACACCGUAUUAUAAGGUAUGGGCAUUGGGUAGAGAUUAUUAUUUUAAAAUACCACCAGCUUUGAGUGGACCAUUAAAUAAUAUAGAUAGAGAUUAAUUAACAUAAGAUGUAACAGAAGCAUGGACUGAGUUAUUUAAGUUAGAGAAAACAAUUUUUAAAAUAAUUCCACAUAUGUAUUAGGUGACAAUGGCUAUAAGAAAGUUGUAUGAAGAUUUUAAACCAUAUUUACCAUUGAUAAAUGAUUUAAGAAAUCCUGCUUUAAAGAAAUAACAUUGGGUUAGUUUAACAUAAUUAUUGAAAUUGGAUGAUGAUCCAAAUUUCUCAUUGAAUACAUUAUUGGAGAGAGGGGUGAUGGAUUUAAAAGAGGAAAUUAGAGAAAUAAGUGAAACAGCAUCUAAAUAGAGUUCAUUUGAAAGAUCGAUUAAUAAAAUGAAGAGUGAAUGGAAGAAUAUUAAAUUUGAAUUAAUUUAGUUUAGAGAUACAGAUACAUAUAUAUUAAAGAGUGUAGAACCUGUUUUAGAUAAGUUGGAUGAAGAUAUAACAAAGAUGAUGAGUAUAGCUAGUUCUCCAUUUGUUGCAUUUUUAUUAUAGGAAGUAAAUUCAUGGAAGGCAUAAUUGUUUAGAUCUUAAGAAAUGAUUGAAUUAUGGUGUAAGACUUAGAAAUCUUGGUAAUAUUUAUAACCAAUCUUUUAUUCUGAAGAUAUUAUACGAGAAAUGCCAAAAGAGGGAAAUAAAUAUUCAGUUGUAGAUAAGAUGUGGAGAGCAUUAAUGUUAGGAACUUUCUAAUAACCUUUAGUGAUGGAAGCUUGUUUCUAGAAUAGAAUGAAAGAGAAUUUUAUAUUCAUGAUUGAGUAAUUGGAUUAGGUAAUCAAAAGUUUGAAUGACUUUUUAAAUAGAAAGAGAACAGCAUUUCCAAGAUUUUUUUUUUUAUCUAAUGAAGAAUUAUUAUAAAUAUUGGCAUAAGCUAGAGAACCAAGAGCUGUAUAAAGACAUUUGUAGAAAUGUUUUGAAGGAAUAAAUGAAAUUACUUUUUAAGAUAAUAUGUUGAUAACACAUAUGAUUAGUAGUUCAUAAGAAAUAAUUAAAUUAUUGACAGAUGUAAAUCCAUUGAAUACAGAGUAAGCAGUAAGAGGUGUUGAGGAUUGGUUAUUUGAAGUUUAAUAAUCGAUGAAAUUAACAAUCAAAACAAUGAUACCUUAGAGUGUUCAAAUUGUAUCUAAUAAUACUUUAGAUAAAUCAAUAGUAUAAAUCCCUGCUUAAUUAUGUGUUUUGGCACAUGAGAUAAUAUUUACAAAUAUGGUAACUUAAUUCAUAUAAGAUUAUGAGAAAGAUUCUACAUCAAUAGAUAAAUGUAUCUAAUAAGCAAAUAAGGUAUUAAUGAGUACAGUAUAAUUAUUACAUCAUGAGAUUUCAAAUGAAAAUCAUUUAUAAGCAUUAGGUGUAUUAAUAGUACUAUAAGUUAAAUAAAAAGAUAUAGCAUAAGAAUUAAAAAGUAAGAAUGUUAGAAGAGUAGAUGAUUUUGAAUGGAUGUCAUAAUUAAGAUAUUAUUUAGAGAAAGAUGUAAUAGUAAAAAUGUUGCAUACUUAAAGAGUUUAUGGUUAUGAAUAUUUGGGUAAUUAAUCUAGAUUAGUAAUUACACCAUUGACGGAUAGAUGUUAUAGAACAUUAAUGGCAGCAUUACAUAUGAAUUUAGGUGGAGCUCCUGAAGGUCCAGCAGGAACAGGAAAAACUGAAACAACAAAAGAUUUAGCUAAAGCUAUGGCAAAACAUUGUGUUGUGUUUAAUUGUUCAGAUUCAUUAGAUUAUUUAGCAAUGGGUAAAUUCUUUAAAGGUUUAGUCAGUUGUGGAUCUUGGGCAUGUUUUGAUGAAUUUAACAGAAUUGAAUUAGAAGUAUUAUCAGUUAUAGCCUAAUAAAUUCUAGUUAUAUAGACAGCUAUUGUAAGAGACAAUUCAUAGAAAGUACCUUCUAGAGUAUUUUAAUUUGAAGGAUAAUAAUUAACUUUAGAUUCAACUUGUGCUAUAUUUAUUACAAUGAAUCCAGGAUAUUAAGGUAGGAGCGAAUUGCCAGAUAAUUUAAAGGCAUUAUUCAGAAGUGUAGCUAUGAUGAUUCCAAAUUAUGCUAUGAUCACAGAAAUCUCUCUAUAUUCAUACGGUUUUACAGAAGCAAGAGAAUUGAGCAUUAAAAUAACAACAUCUCUAAAAUUAGCAUCUGAAUAAUUAUCUACUUAAUCACAUUAUGAUUUUGGUAUGAGAGCAGUCAAAUCAAUUAUUUUAGCUGCUGGUAGAUUAAAGAGAGAAUCUACAACCAGUGAUGAAAUAAUAGUAUUAAGAGCCAUUGAAGAUUGUAACUUACCAAAAUUUACUUAAAAAGAUGUUCCAUUAUUUAAAGCUAUCAUAUCAGACUUAUUCCCAGGAAUAGAACCAGAAGAAAGAUAAUAUGGGGAAUUGGGUUAAUUGAUAAUGAAAUAAAUAGAAUCAAUGAGUUUAACUUAUAAUGAUAGAUUUUAUACAAAGAUUAUUUAAUUGUAUGAAACAGUCAAUGUUAGACAUGGUUUAAUGGUUGUAGGUGGUACUAUCUCUGGAAAAACAACAAUUAUUAAUAUAUUAUCCAAAAGCUUAUAAACACAUAUUUAUGGAUUGAAUCCAAAAUCUAUUACUUCGAAACUAUUAUAUGGAGAUGUAGAUGUUGGAACAAAUGAAUGGUAAGAUGGAAUUACUGCUGUUAUCUUUAGAGAGUGUAUUGAGAAGGAAGGCAAGAAUUGGGUAUUGUUUGAUGGACCUGUAGAUGCAUUAUGGAUUGAAAAUAUGAAUACAGUUUUGGAUGAUAAUAAAAAGUUAUGUUUAACUAAUGGUGAAACUAUUAAAUUAACAGACUAAAUGAGAAUCAUUUUUGAAGUAGAAGACUUAGCUGAAGCAUCUCCUGCUACAGUAAGUCGUUGUGGUAUGGUCUAUUUAGAACCAUAAGAAAUUGGAUGGCAGUCCUUAAUAUAGGUAUGGAAAAGUCAUUUGACUCCUAAUUUUUAAGAACCCUAAUAUAUUGAUUUAUUUCAUUCUUUGUAUUAACAAUUAGAAGAUGUUUUCGAAGAAAUUAAAUAUAAAUAGUUGAUUUAUACAGCAUCUUAAGAAUUAUUGGCUUCUAGUUGUUUAAAACUAUUUUUUGCUUUUCUUUUAAAAAACAAAACCAAAGAUUAGUUACUUCAAGAUAUUGAGAUGGAAAAUAUGAAAGAGUAAUCUAGGUUAAAAGCAUUAUAAAUGGAAGGAAAGGAAAUAAGCAAUGUUAAGAAAGUUAAGUAAUUAAAUGACAAAGAGAAAUUUGAAGUUAUUAGUUUCUUUUUCAUUUCAGUUGUUUGGACUAUUGGAACUUUAUUAGAUGUAAAUUAUAGAAAAUAAUUCAAUCUAUUAAUUAGAUAGAAAUUAGAAUCAAAUCUUGAAGCAAAUUAAUAACCACCAAAAGAAUUAUCUGUGUUUGAAAUAUAUUUUGACAUUGGAAAAAAGAAUUGGUUAAUGUGGAAUUAAAAAUUAGACUUUCAUAUUCCAAAAGGAACAGUAUUUCAUGAAAUAUAUGUGCCCACUCCUGAAUCUGCAAGUGUAUAGGGUUUACUAAGAGUAUUUUUAAAUAAAUAAUUACCUGUUUUAUUAUAUGGAAGAACUGGAACAGGUAAGACAAUGUUGAUUAAGAAAGUUUUAUUAGAUGAAUUAGAUUAAAAUAAAUUUAUUCCUACCAUAACAGCAUUUUCAGCUACAACCAAUAGUGGUUAAGUGUAAGACAUUUUAGAAUCAAAACUAGAGAAAUAGAAAAGAAGAAAAGGUAUAUAUGGACCUGAGGUUGGUAAAUGUAAUAUAAUUUUUAUUGAUGAUUUGAAUAUGCCUUAAAAAGAAUAGUUUGGAGCACAACCACCACUUGAAUUAAUAAGAUAAUGGUUUAUUUAAUAAGGAUGGUAUGAUAAAAAGUCAUUAGAAUUUAAAACGAUUAUGGAUAUUUAAUUUUGUGCAGCCAUGGGAUUUGGAAGACCUAAUAUUCCUUAAAGAUUAAUUAGACAUUUUAAUAUGAUUUAUGUUUUAUCUUCAUCAGAUGAUUCUAUGAUAUCUAUCUUAACUAAAUUUUUUGAAUAUGGAUUUGAUGAAUAUAUUGACAAGGUUAAAUUGACUGCCAAAAUAUUGCCUAGUUUAUGUUUAAAAGUUUAUAAGGAAGUAAGUUAAAGAUUUUUACCAUUACCUUCAAGAUCACAUUAUCUAUUUAAUUUAAGAGAUUUAAUAAAAGUGGUAAGAGGUUUGUUGAUGGUACCUAGUAGUAAAUAUGAUGCAACUGGAGAUGCUAAAUAGAAAUUAUUAAAAUUAUGGGCUCAUGAAAAUAUGAGAGUAUUUUCAGAUAGAUUAGUGGAUGAAAAAGAUCAUAAAUAAUUUGAGUAAAUUUUGAUCGAGAUUCUGGAUGAAGAUUGUACAUUGAAAUACUCAGAUAUUGUAGGAUCAUCCUGUAGGUAUGGAAAUUGGUUAGAACCACAUACACUUUAUAAAAUUUAUGUAGAAUUGGAUGAUAAUAAUAAAGUUAUGGGUAUUCUAAAUGAAUACAUUAGUGAAUUUAAUGAUUUUUAUCCAAAGUUGAAAUUAAAUAUAGUGUUAUUUGAAGAUGCAAUAGAAUUUAUUUGUAAAAUCAAUCGAAUUAUUAGUCAACCUUUUGGAAAUGCACUCUUAAUCGGUUUAGGAGGAACAGGAUGUAGAACUUUAUCAAGAUUAAGUGCUUUUAUGUAAGAUUUCAAAAUAGGAGAAUUAGAUUUUGAUAAAGAUAUGUUAGAGUGGUAUGAAUUUUGGAGAGAGAUGUUUAAGAAUUUAUCAAUAAAGAAUGAAAAAAGUAUAUUCUUACUAUCAGAUCAAUAAAUUAUUACUGAAGUAGUAUUAGAAGAUAUUAAUAAUAUCCUUAAUAUUGGAGAAAUCAUAAACCUUUACAAUUAUGAUGAUAAAGAGAAUCUAUUAAGUGAUUUCAAAGAGAAUUUACAAAAAGAUAGAGAAACUAGAAUUCAAGGUAAUAUUAGCAUGCUUUAGUUAUGGGAAUUGUUUGUUAAAUAAUGUAAAGCUAAUCUACAUUUAAUAAUUUACUUAAGUCCAGUCGGAGAUAAGUUAAAAACUAGACUCAGAAAUUUUCCGUCUCUUGUUUCUUGUACAUCUAUUUUAUGGAUGGAGAGCUGGUCUCAGUAAGCAUUACAAUAAGUAGCAGAACAUUUAUUACCAGAUUCAAGUAUUGCUUAAGCUUGUGUUGGAAUUCAUCAUGCUGUUGAAUCUAUGACUGAAGUUUAUUUAUAGAGAACUGGUUAUCAUUAUUAUGUUACUCCAUUAUCAUACAUAUAAUUAUUGAAUAGUUUUCAAUCUAUGUAUAAUCAAUAUUCUAAUUCUAUUCAAUAAAAGAGAGAUACUUAUAUUAAUGGUGUUAAGAUGUUGGAUGAAUGUGGAUUAGUUGUUGAUAAAAUGAAAGAAGAACUUGAGGCUUUAUAACCAAUUUUGGUCUAAAAAACUCAUGAAACUGAUCUAAUCAUGAAAAAAGUAGAAUAGGAAACUGCUGUGGCAGAAGAUUAAAGAAUGAAAGUUAAAGAAGAUGAAAUUGAAACCUCAAAAAAGGCAGAAAUUGCACAAAAUAUAUCUAAUUAGUGUUAGGAGAGGUUAAGUGAAGCAGAACCAUAAUUAGAAGCUGCUAUUAAAGCUCUUAAGACACUUAAGAUUUCAGAUUUUGUUGAAAUGAAAGCAUUGAAAAAUCCUCCAAAGCCAAUCAGACUGACUAUGGAUUCUGUUUGUAUUAUGUUAGAGAGGAAACCUAAAAAGGCACCAGAUGGAGGAGAAGACUAUUGGGAAGAAGCUGUUAAAGUCUUAAGUGAUCCUGGAAAGUUCAUCAAAAUGCUUGAAAAAUAUAACAGAAAUAAUAUUCCAGAGAAAGUCAUUUCCAAAAUGACACAGUUCUUAGAUAAAAAUAAACAAUUUUAACCUGCUCUUAUUUCAAAGGCAAGUUAAGCUGCUGAAGGAUUAUGUUUGUGGGUACUUGCUAUUUACAAAUUCCAUUUUGUUUAUAAGGAAAUUACACCUCUGAGAGAAGAAUUUGAGAAAGCUUAGCAAUCGUUAAAAGUUGCUCAGAAUGAACUUGCUGCUAAAUAAUAAUUAUUACAUGAAGUUGAAGAAAAAUGUUAAGAAUUAAGAGAAACGUUUGAAAAUGAAAAUUUCUAAAAAUAAAAGCUUAAAGCAUAAAUUCAAGAUUGUGAAGUUAAAUUAAAAAGAGCUCUGGAGUUGACUAGUGGUUUGGCAGGUGAAAAAAAUAGAUGGAAAGAAGAAUCAACUAAAUUAUAAAGUAACAUCAAAUCACUUUUAGGUGAUAUGCUUUUAUCAGUUGGUUAUUUAUCAUAUAUGGGAGCAUUUACCAUUUCAUUUAGAAAAAUAAUUUUAAAUAAAUGGUAAUAAAUUAUUAAAGAAUAAAAUGUACCAAUAUCAGAAUCCUAUUCAUUACUUGAUUGUUUAAGUACACAAUUUGAAUUGCAAGAAUGGAUAAUCUGUGGUUUACCUCUAGAUGAUUUCAGUAAAGAAAAUGCUAUAAUUAUGCAGAAGGCUGAUAGUUAUCCUUUGAUAAUUGAUCCUUAAGGAUAAGCGAAUAAAUUCAUUUAAAGAAAAGAAAAGAAAAUAAAUGAACAAAAUUUUAAAGUUGCUAAAUAAGAUAGAUACUUAGGGAAUAUCCUUGAAACAGCAGUUAGGGAUGGCUAAAUUUUACUCAUAUAGGGUAUUGAAUAAUAAUUAGAUCAAAUAUUGGAUCCAGUAUUGAAUAAGCAAUAUUAAAUUGCUAAUGGUAAACCAAUGUUAAGUAUAGGUGGUAAUCAAGUUUAUGUGCAUCCUGGAUUUAGGUUAUAUUUAGUUACUUCAUUGUCUAAUCCCCAUUAUACUCCAUCAAUUCUCACAAAAGUGACUUUAAUUAACUUUACUAUUACUCAGGAAGCCUUAAAGGAUUAAAUGACAUCAAUUUUAGUUAGAGAAGAAGAUGCUUAAUUGGAAGAUGAAAAAAUAAGAAUAAUGAAUGAUAACAACUAUUACAAAUAAAAAAUGAAAUAGAUUGAAUCUCAAAUCUUAGAAAUGUUAUCUAAGACUGAAGGAUCAUAGAUGUUAGAAGAUGAAGCAUUAAUUUUAUAAUUAUAAUAAUCUAAGAUACUAUCAGAAGAAAUAACAUUAAGAUUAAAGGAGGCAAAAUAAACAGAAGAUAGAAUAAAUUAGAAUAGAUUGCAUUAUGAUCUUUUAUCUACAUUUGCAUCUCAGACCUAUUUCACUAUUUUGAAACUUCAUUAUUUGGAUCCUAUGUAUGUAUUUUCAUUAGAAUUUUAUCAAAGAAUUUUUAAGAAAGCAAUAAGAAUAGCAGAAAAACCACAUCAAAAAAAUAUUAAGUAAAGAAUUGUGUUUAUCACUGAGUCAUUAAAAAGAGUAGUUUUUUAGGAGAUUAGUAGAUCUAUAUUUGUAAAACACAAGAAUCUAUUUUCCUUUAUGCUUUUGAUAACUUGGUAUAAUAGUAAUAAUCUUAUAAAUAAUAAUGAGUUACAAUUUUUAUUGACAGGUUCUGUAUUAAAUGGAGAAGAAUUAGAUAUAGAAAAUCCAGAUACAAAAAUUUUCACUUAGAAUUAAUGGGAAAUGCUAAAAAAUUUACAUUCAAUUAUUCCUGGAUUAUAAAUAGAGAAUAGUUAAUCAAUGAUUUCUUAUUUGGAUGAUCCAUAGAGAAAUGCAAUACCUGAACAGAUAAAACACUUGACAACAUUUUAAAGAUUAUUAUUAAUAAGAGCAGCAAGACCAUAAUUAUUUGGUUAUUAUAUGAGAGAAUUAAUAGCUGAAGAUUUAGGAUAAUAUUUUACUUAGAAUUUAUUAUUUGGUUUAUUAGAUAGUUUUGAAGAUAGUGGAACAACAAUUCCCUUGAUAUUUGUUUUGUAACCUGGAGAUGAUCCUUAAGAAGAAGUUAAGAAGUUUAGUUUUGAAAGAGGAAAAGUAUUAACUUUUGUAUCUUUGGGUAAAGGAUAAGGUGAAAAUGCUACUAAUUUAAUUAUGGAAUCUUUGGCUUUAGGAUAAUGGGUUAUAUUAUAGAAUUGUCAUUUAGCAAUUAGUUGGUUACCUUAAUUAGAUAAUUUAUUAUAAAAUAUAAAUAGUGAAUUACAUAAGAAGGAGAAAGACAAAUUAUUAAAAAUUAAUACAGAAUUUAGAUUAUGGAUGACUACAAUGAGCACUCCAUAAUUUCCACAAUAAUUAUUAAUGGAUGCUGUUAAAAUGACUAAAGAUCCACCUAAAGGAGUUAAGGAUAAUAUUUAAUAAAUUUAUAUGAAUUAGAAUAGUUCAAAAAAUGAAAAAAAAUUUUAUGAAAGCUGUGGUGAUAAAACCUCAGAAUUUAAAUAAUUUUAUUUAGCAUUAUGCUAUUUUCAUGCAAUUGUGAGAGAAAGAAGAAGAUAUGGACCUGUAGGAUGGAAUAUAACUUAUGAUUUUAAUGAUUCUGAUUUUAGAAUUUCAAUUCGUUAGUUGAAAUAGAUGCUUAUGGAAUAUUCAGAAAUACCAUUUACAGCUCUAAUUUAUUUAACUGGAGAAUGUUAUUAUGGAGGUAAAGUCACUGAUGAUUGGGAUAGAAGAUGUUUAAGAGUUCUAUUGACUACAUUCUAUAGAAUGGACAUCUUUUAUGAAAACUAUAAAUUUAGUACUAUCUAAGAAUAUUGCAUACCUGAACCAUAAUAAUUAAAUACUUUAGAAUAGGCUAUAGAAUUUAUUAAUCAAUUACCUGAAACUUCAUCCCCAGAAUUGUUUGGUUUACAUUCUAAUGCUUCUAUUACUUAAGCUUAAUUAGAAACUAAACAUAUUUUAAAUUGUCUCUUAGAUGUAGGAUUGGUUGAAUAAGGAACAUAAGAAAAUACUGAUAAAAAUAAAUUAUUACUCGAAAAAGCUUAAAGUUUGCUAUCUCUCAUUCCUAAGCAAUUUGACAUUAAUAUUGUUUAGGAAAAAUUUAAAAUUGAUUAUUAUGAAAGCAUGAAUACUGUCUUAUUGUAAGAAGUAUUAAGAUACAAUAAUUUGUUAAGCAUUUUGUAGAAAUCUUUAUAAGAUUUGAUUAAGGCAGCCUAAGGUUUAAUUGUAAUGAGUUAAUAGUUAGAAAAAAUGGGAGAAUGUUUACUUAACAAUAUUCUACCUGAAUUAUGGAAAUAAAAAUCAUAUCCAUCUUUAAAAAGUUUAAAUAAUUACUUAUAAGAUUUAUAAUUAAGAAUAGAUAUGUUUAAUAAAUGGAUAUAAUUUGGAACACCAACAAUAUUUUGGUUACCUGGCUUUUAUUUCACAUAAUCCUUUUUCACAGGUGUUUUGUAAAAUCAUGCCCGAAAACAUAGAAUACCUAUAGAUUAAUUAAAAUUUGAUUUUUUAAUUGAUGUUAAAGAAGUAGAUGGAAUCAUAAUUGAUGGAUUGUAUUUAGAAAGUGGCAAAUGGAAUUCAGAGGAAUAAGUGAUAGAUGAACCAGUUAAUGGAAUCAUUUAUUAGAAUUUCCCUAAAGUAUAUUUUUUUAUCAUUAUAGAUAUAACUCUUACCAAAAUAGAAUUUUAUUGAAAAUCAAGAAGAUUACAUCUGUCCUGUUUAUAAAACUCUUGACAGAAGAGGUACUUUGUCAACUACAGGACAUUCUACUAAUUUUGUAUUUUUAUUGUUUAUUUUAAGAUUAUUUCCAUACCUAUAAAGACUUAGUUAAGUGUUAGUCAUUGGGUUAAAAGAGGAACUGCUCUGGUAACAUAAUUAAAUGAAUGA